UGAUUGAUUGAUUCGCCGAGCAGAUUUGGAUGACACGUUAUAUUCUUCGAAGAUAGGAUUAGGCGAAGCCACAAAGCGAAACAUCGAAGAAUUUCUCGUUGAGAAAUGCGGAUUUUCAGAGAUGAAAGCAUCGUCUCUCCGUGUAGAGCUAUUCAAGACUUACGGAAGCACUCUCGCCGGAUUACGAGCGUUAGGGUAUAAUAUCGAUGCGGAUGAUUAUCACAGUUUUGUGCACGGAAGGCUUCCGUAUGAUUUGAUCAAACCGGACGCUGAACUACGAAGCCUUCUCCGCAGCAUCAACCAAAGAAAAAUCAUAUUCACAAAUUCGGACAGGAAUCAUGCAAUCCGCGCCUUGGAUAAACUGGGAGUUAGAGAUUGUUUCGAGCAGAUCAUCUGCUUUGAGACAAUGAAUUCAAAUCUAUGGAAAUCCACUCGGCUUGACGAGUUCCCAGUCGUGUUGAAGCCUUCCAUCGACGCCAUGAAGAUCGCAAUCGAAGUCGGCCGAUUAGAUCCUCGCCGCACUUUGUUCUUAGAUGACAACGUGAAGAACAUCAUUGCUGGAAAAUCCAUAGGCCUCCAAACCAUUUUGGUGGGACAAUCUGGGAAGAUAAAAGAAGCCGAUCAUGUAAUAGCCACGGUGAACGGGUUGGGUGAGGUUGUGCCGGAGAUAUGGGCGAUGGGUGGUGGAGUUGAAGAGGAAAGGAUGAGGGUCAAAAGAAUCGACUCUGCUGUUCUUGCCCUGUCGACAAUUGUUGGAGCUUAAUCAGUGUAAAUAAAUCAUGACCAAGACCAACGCCAUGUAAAUGUUCAAUUUGUGGGUAAAUAUUGAUGGUGUAACUAGGUAAGUAGUAAAAAAACCUUUUAAUAACGUUGGUUGGAUAAAUGUAAAUUGCUUUGUAAUUCCACUUUCAACUUAACCACUUCCAAAAUCAAUAAUGAAAUUUGUGAAAGUGAUGGAAUAAAAAAAAUGUUAGUGUUUC